AUGGAUUUCAGACCAUUCAACACUGCCUACCGACAUGGUCUCCCCACGAGCCAUUGCUGGCAUGUCCUUUUGUAUUCGCUUGUUCAUUUUGGUGAGUCCAGAUCGAUCGUUUCUCUGACCUCAAGAAUAUCUCACGUUGUUAAGUGCCUCACCAUAGUGGCGAUGAUUUUGAUUCUGGUAGCACCAGGAGCUUGCUUCUCACGAUAUCUCAACGGUCAGCCAAUCAGUAGAGAGAUAUGUCCAGGUCAAAACAGCAUAUUUCCGAUGAACGCAGAUCGUUGGAGUAAUGCUUUGCAUUUUCAAGGACGAGGUGAAAAUGUCUACGGUCAAGUCGCUUUAAUCGUCGUCUCCCUCUUCCUUGCCUUGGUUACGGUAGGAAUCAGCUGUGUUCAUCUAGCCAUUGGCAGCAAUCUUACAUAUACGGUGAGCAAGUUU